AUGACAGUGCGCAUCGACAGCACAAGGCCUGAAACGCCAGAGGAGCCAAAAGUGUUGGGCGAACUCCUCUUCACCUAUGCAGACGACGAACUCGGCCAUGAUCCCAGCAUCUACCAUCAGUCUCAGACCCCUCAACUUGAAAAGCCAAAGAGGUCCGUCUGGAAGCAGCUCCUAUCGCUGCGACCGGAGCUAGAGUCCAUUCGUGCUCUCUCAGAUGACCAACAGCUGAAUGUCAUCAGGUCCAAUCUAGCUCAACGUGGCUUUGCAACGUUGCCUCACCACAGCGCGCAGUUGGCAGAGAGAGGCAUCGACACGCAGGCCGACUACUCUGCUUUCAUCAAAGAGAACCAAGAUCUGAUGAAGAAGAUCACAGGAGCCGACCAGGUGAUUGUCUGGAACACAGCCAGGCGCGAAUCCACCGUUUCUGAAUCGGCAAGUUUGCGCGGCGACUAUGAACGCCAGCGUCGACCGCAAGGCAUCGAGUCGCGCUACGACAUGCCGCUCGAACCGCCUGCCGUGUACGCACAUAUCGACCAGGACCACUCCUGGGGAGCACAGGUCUGCUCCAUGGCCAUCGCUGGCACUCCCAGCCUCCUCUCCGAGCACAUCCCCCUCGACCCGUUCCAAGCCAUUGAGCAAAACCUCAGCAACAACUACUCGAGAACCAUGAUCAUCAACCUCUGGCGACCCGUCUGCGGGACCGUCUACGACAAGCCGCUCGCAGUGGCCGACUACCGGUCGCUCACCAAAGCCUCGCUGUCGAGACACGCAAACUACUUUGGCUGCGGCUUUGACAUCCACGAACACGCGACACAGAAGUGGCACUUUAUCCCGCAGCAGACCAACGACGAACUGCUCAUUUUCAAAUGCUACGACUCGCUCUCGCUGCAACAGCAGCAGCUGCAGUCGCAGGGCUCGGAUGUGCAGGUCGAGGCGCUGUACGGUGCACACUGUGCCGUAACAAACUUGAAAGGCCACCCUACACCUCCGCCCAAUGCUCCGCCGAGGAGGAGCGUCGAAAUUCGCUUUGUCGCGGUUUGGCGCUAG